UACGGCGUCCGCGAGGCGGAGUUUUCUCUCCCCCGCUUCGCCUAGCAACGGAGCGUGAGGCGAAGAUGGCCGAGUCCCGGAGGCGGACGGCGCCAGGAGGGCCCGCGAAGGGCCCCGAAGCCGAGCUGAAGCCCAGGCCAGGCCGAAGGGGCGCCGGGGACGCCAAGGCCGAAGAGGACGACGAGCAGGAGGACGCUGCCGCCUUCAGAUGCCACCGACUUCAGGACUCCCUGCUCAGCUCGGCCAGCGGCUACAGCAACUACCGUGGCAUCUUGAACUGGUGCGUCGUCAUGCUGGUCUUGAGCAACGCCCGCCUCUUCCUGGAGAACCUCAUCAAGUACGGCAUCUUGGUGGAUCCCAUCCAGGUCAUCUCCUUGUUCCUGAAGGAUCCGUAUAGCUGGCCAUCUCUGUGCCUGGUCAUCGUGUCCAACGUGUUCAUCCUGGCAGCUCUGUUCAUCGAGAAGAAGCUGGCACUGGGCUGCUUCUCGGAGCGGAUGGGGUCCGUCCUUCACACCCUCAACCUCCUGACCAUCCUGUGCUUCCCUGCCCUUGUGGUGCUGGCCGUCACCUCCAUCACUCCCGUUGGGGCCGUCCUCGCCCUUGGUAUCCACACCAUCCUCUUCCUCAAGCUCUUCUCUUUCAAAGACGUCAACUGGUGGUGCCGGGAGAAGAGGCAGGCCAGGGCCACCCGAACCCGGCCAGCUCCUGGGCCCCAGAAAGCCAAUGGGGAUGUGGCACCGAGCGCCGUGGCUUAUCCAGCGAACCUGACCUACAAAGAUAUGUACUACUUCAUCUUUGCACCGACCUUAUGCUACGAGCUGAACUUCCCUCGUUCCCCGCGCAUUCGCAAGCGGUUUCUGCUACGCAGGCUCUUUGAGAUGCUCUUCUUCCUUCAGCUGAUGGUGGGCCUGAUCCAGCAGUGGAUGGUCCCCACGAUCCAGAACUCCAUGAAGCCUUUCCGGGAUAUGGAUUAUUCCAGGAUCAUUGAGCGCCUCCUGAAGCUGGCUGUCCCCAACCACCUGAUCUGGCUGAUCUUCUUCUACUGGUUCUUCCACUCCAGCCUCAACGUCAUUGCCGAAGUCAUGCAGUUUGGGGACCGGGAGUUUUACAGGGACUGGUGGAACUCUGAGUCUGUGACCUAUUUCUGGCAGAACUGGAACAUCCCCGUCCACAAGUGGUGCAUCAGACAUUUCUACAAGCCCAUGAUGAAAAGGGGCCUCGGGAAAUAUCCAGCUCAGGUCGCCGUCUUCUUGGCUUCGGCCUUCUUCCACGAGUACCUGGUGAGCGUUCCCUUGAAGAUGUUCCGGCUCUGGGCCUUCAUGGGGAUGGCAGCUCAGAUCCCCUUGGCCUGGUUUGUGGGGCGCUUCCUCCGGGGCAACUACAGCAAUGCCGCCGUCUGGAUCUCCCUGAUCAUUGGGCAGCCCAUUGCCGUCCUGAUGUACGUCCACGACUACUACGUGCUGAACUACGAAGGGGCCCCGUGACCCCUCCCGUCCCUCCCCGUCCUACUGUGGGGUGUUGGUGGUGGUGCACCUUUCCACAUCCUGCCUUCUCUGGACAGCCUUCUGGGGAUAGAGGCGGAUCAGAUACGGUCCCCCUCCUCUCUGGGAAACCCACUGAGUCCCACAGCACCGGGGGUCAAGUGGAUCUCCGCGUUCGCUGUCUUAUUGGGUUGGAAAGCCGGAUCAAUGCAAUAACCUCCCCUUGUGCCCAGAGUUUCCAGCAGGAACAUGGAGGCUCAGGGUAUGUGUGUGUAUCCAUGAUAGAGAAUGAAUGUGAGACACUUUCCCACCCACUUCCCAUGCUGUGUUUGUGGGGCAGCCUUGGACCCAUCCGGUAGAAGCAAGGCUUAAAACCUGUGUGUGCCUUGGUUGGUUUCCCUCUUUACGGACUGGAGCGAUAUUGUGUUUGGGGAUCGAUGGAGGAGAGCAGGAGGACCCUCCAUCAGCCCCCUUCUCCUAUACGCACAAUGGAUGCUGGACUUUGGGCACUUUAAAAGGUUCGCGCCGACUCGGUUCUGAGGGCUUGGUCCCAGUCCUCUUGAGAAAAGGGACCCCUUCCCCCUUACGCUGGCCUUUGCUCCGAGGUAUUAUGGCCACACAUUGAACCUGCCAUAGGGAAGGGUCUUCUAGGCAGUGGCAUUUUGGCCGUUGGGAGCAUUGGUCAGUCCCGUUCUUCCCCAGCAGCUAAUAGUCCUUGCAGAGCAGAUCUCCCAUUGACCCUGUCUUGUGCCUGGUAGAAAAAGGACACUUUCUUCCUUUCGUCCACAACACAUUUCUCCAUUUCGUUGGCCUUCUCUCCUGUGGAAGUUCUCUGCAUGGUGACCUCCAAUAGCAUUUCCCGUCCAAGCAGAGAAUAGUCCAUACAGAGUGAAUCUCCCACUGCUUUCUUUGCCCACCAUGGUCAGUGGCAUUUGAGUGGUCAGUGGCGUUGGUUUUGUCCCAGUGAAGAGUAAUCCCUGCAGAGAGGAUCUCCUGUUGUUAUCUUCUCUGCCCAAUGACUAUCCUUGUUGCGCGUCGACCCUGCCAUGUCGUGGCAUUGGUCACCUUGGUUCUGUCCCUGCAGAUAAUCGCCCCUGGAUCUCCCAUCGCUCUCCUCUCUGACCACUGUCCAUUCUUGUCACUUCCGUCCAUCUCCAGCAGCCCUUGGGGCUUCCUGCCAUCCACGUCAUGUCUUUGUGGCCCCUUUUUCCUUCCAGUGGCAGCUGCUGCAACCUGAAUUUCUGGCUGUGUGCUGUGUGGACCUGUGACAGACAUGUUUUCCGUCCAUCCAGGAAUUUUUAAGAGUUUGCAGAUUGUAUCUACUUGACACACAAAAAUGAUUAAAAGCAUAUUUUCCGAAA